UUCUUCUUAGUGUCACUUCGAACGUAAAUAUUUAUUGAUACCCCACUAUUUGUAGACAACCGUAAAUAUUAUGGCCGGAAAAUAUUUGGAUAAAAAGAUUGAAAAUCUCGAUCUAAUUGUCUUCGACUUAGACUACACAUUGUGGCCGUUUCAUGUUGAAUUGGAGCGUCCACCUUUUAAGAAACAAUCGAAUGGUCAAAUUGUCGAUGGUAAUGGCAGGAAAAUGAAGUAUUUUCCAGACGUUCCAGAAGUUCUACAGAAAUUAACUUCACUGGGAUACCAAUUGGCUGUUGCAUCUCGUACAUCAGCUCCGAAGGAAGGUCGACAAUUAGUAAAUUUAUUUGGUUGGAGUCAAUAUUUCGAUUAUUUAGAAAUUUAUCCAGGCUGUAAGGUUACGCAUUUCAACCAGUUUAAAAAACAUAGUGGAAUACCGUUGGAAAAUAUGUUAUUUUUCGAUGAUGAAUCGAGGAACAUUGUUGAUAUCAAUAAAAUUGGAUCGGUUGCUAUUCUUGUUAAAAAUGGUGUAAAUUUUGGUGUAAUUGAAAAUGGUAUCAAAGAAUUUGUAAGUAGGAGAAGCUAAUCGAAUAAAUAAAUUAUAAAAUGAAAGCAAAAUAAAAU